AACGCCACACACACGUGUGCUGUGCGCUGUUACCAUGGCGGACCUACAGAUGAAGCUUCUCCGGAAGAAAAUUCAGAAACGAAAUGAAAAGAACAAAGAGCGCAAACUACUUAAUAAAUCGACAGAAGAAGAAAAGCCCGUAAACUCAAACGGGCUGGAAGAGCAGUGUUGUGAGGAGCCAGCAACCGGUUGUAAGGCAGACAUCAAGCCCAAGAAGAAACAGAAGAAGCAGACUGAGGUACUACUGGAGGGGACCACAACAGAGGAAACUCUGAAGAAGAAGAAGACGAAGAAGAAGAAAAGAAAACUCGCUGACACCGCUGAAUCACCAGCUGAGAAGAAGACCAAAACAGUGAAAGAAGCAGAAGAAGAAGAAGAAGAAGAAGAAGAGGAGGAGGAGGAGGGAGCAGCAUUAGCAGAUGAAGAUGGAGAAGAGGCUGCUGACAAACCAGAGGGAGCUUCCGAUGACGAUGAUGAGGACAAAACCGAAGAGGGAGAUGAUGAUGAGGAAGAUCAACCUGAAUUACCUUCUGGCUUAACAGGAGCGUUUGAGGACACAUCCUUCGCCUCUCUUGCUGGGCUGGUGAGCGAGAACACGCUGAAAGGAGUGAAGGAGAUGGGCUUCGAACACAUGACUGAGAUCCAGCACAAAAGUAUUCGGCCCCUGCUGGAGGGGAGGGAUGUUCUGGCUGCUGCCAAGACAGGAAGUGGUAAAACUUUGGCCUUCCUCAUCCCGUCAAUAGAACUCAUCUACAAACUCAAGUUCAUGCCCAGGAACGGCACUGGUGUCGUGAUCCUUUCACCCACACGUGAGUUGGCAAUGCAGACCUAUGGUGUGAUGAAGGAACUGAUGACACACCAUGUGCAUACCUACGGUCUGAUCAUGGGGGGCAGCAACCGUUCAGCUGAGGCCCAAAAACUGGCCAACGGCGUCAACAUCCUGGUGGCCACCCCUGGUCGUCUGCUGGACCACCUGCAGAACACGCCUGGAUUCAUGUUCAAGAACCUGCAGUGUCUAAUUAUUGAUGAGGCCGACCGGAUCUUAGAGGUGGGCUUCGAGGAGGAACUGAAGCAGAUCAUCAAACUGCUGCCAAAGAAGAGACAGACCAUGCUGUUUUCAGCCACUCAGACCCGGAAGGUGGAGGACUUGGCUCGCAUCUCCCUCAAGAAAGAGCCCCUGUAUGUCGGCGUGGAUGACAACAAAGACAACGCCACUGUCGAUGGCCUGGAGCAGGGUUAUGUGGUGUGUCCGUCAGAGAAGCGCUUCCUGCUGCUCUUCACCUUCCUGAAGAAGAACCGCAAGAAGAAGCUGAUGGUCUUCUUCUCUUCCUGUAUGUCUGUGAAAUUCCAUUAUGAACUGCUCAACUACAUUGACCUGCCCGUCAUGGCCAUCCACGGCAAACAGAAGCAGACCAAACGUACCACCACCUUCUUCCAGUUCUGCAACGCCGACUCAGGCAUCCUGCUGUGCACUGACGUGGCCGCUCGAGGGCUGGACAUCCCCGAGGUGGACUGGAUCGUCCAGUACGACCCCCCAGAUGACCCCAAGGAGUACAUCCACAGGGUGGGCAGGACAGCCAGAGGCAUCAAUGGCAGGGGCCACGCGCUCCUCAUCCUCCGACCAGAGGAGCUCGGCUUCCUCCGCUUCCUGAAACAAGCCAAGGUCCCAUUGAGCGAGUUUGAUUUUUCUUGGAGUAAAAUCUCUGACAUCCAGUCUCAGCUGGAGAAGCUGAUUGAGAAGAACUACUAUCUCCACAAGUCGGCCCAAGAGGCCUACAAGUCCUACGUGAGGGCUUACGACUCCCACUCGCUCAAACAGAUCUACAGCGUCAACACCCUCAACCUCCCCAUGGUGGCGCUGUCUUUCGGCUUCAAAGUUCCUCCAUAUGUUGAUCUGAACGUCCACAGCAGUAAAGGCGUAAAGAUGCAGAAGCGAGGCGGUGGAGGUGGGUUUGGAUACCAGAAGUCCAACAACAUGAAAAAAUCCAGAAUUUUUAAGCACGUCAACAAAGGAAAGGGCGACAAGAGACAGUUUUCCCGCUGAAUCCUGGACUGAUUCCUCUUCUGUGUAUUUCUCUUCUUCCUACAUGAACUUCCUGCUCUGAACGGGAGUGAUGUUGUGUCAGGCACAUGUCCCGCAUACAUUAUUUAGGCCCCGUUUUCCUCCUGAGAGUUGUGUAAAAGUAUUUUGUAAAUGUAUAAACAUCACGGUGGAUGUUGAAGAAUUCCUCGUGUGAGCUGCCGUGGACGUCCUGCUCUACAGAAAAACUCACUUUUCUAACGUUUCCUCCUGUCACCUGACUGGAAUAUUAAAUCUCUAUUGACUUUAAAACAUGGCAUCAAAUCAUUCAUAUUAAGCAGACUUUGCUACAUAGAGUGAAGCCACUCCAUAUAAACCAUGUGAGCUGAUGUACUCAUUUUAUUAUACAAGUCAGGUUUUUGUCACGUGUUACAGCAUCAGUACAUUCCUGCAGAGCUGAAGGACUCUUGCUAUACAUCUUGUCAAACCAAUUACAGAAAAAAAACCCCACUGGCUGACAUGCAGAUAGGAUCUGGGAUAAUUAGAUACACACUACAAAGAUGAAGUCACAUCAGUUAUCAGACACCAGAAAUUAAUACAGUAAGCAAAUGUUCCCUUUAAAAGACUAAAAAUCUGAAUAAAAAUGUU